AAAGAAAGUGCUGCAUGCAGCAACAGCCGUGCUGGUGUUCAGUGUGAGUGGCCGCCGUUUGGGUGAGGAGAGCGUGAUUUCCCAAUCUCCUUUGAGUGUAGAUCUAGGUAGCCAUGGCUAUAUGGGUAGACUCUUUGGUUUAGCUUCGGAAUGGCGGAUGUUGGGCCGUGUAUGUGUCCGCGAGCUCUGUGAUCACCAUGUACCAGCGCAGCAUACACAGAAGUAUUUUUCGUGCCAUGUCAAUCUGCUGAAGUACGCCACAAGGCCGGGAUCACUGCACUAGAUCGUCUUUGAGCAGCGUUCCGAAGAUGAUCCCGUGGUGGACAAUGGGCGCAUCUGCCGAUCAGCACUGACAACCGGUUCGCGGUGCGAUGCGUCAAGCACGACUUGGCUGGAGCAGGAUGAUUACCUGUCUACGAGUAUUUACGCUAGUGCUGUGCGCGGCGUUCGGACGGGGCGGCUACGCCGAUCUGCAUGCUGGAGAAGAGAUUGCGGAUCAACUGACGAAUAGGCCGGAGACUCUGACACAUCCCAUGUUACUUUUUGACAGGUCCGAGAUUGACGAGCUGAGGAAACAGGCAAGCACUAGUCACGCCAGCAUUGUCAAUCGCCUGCAAGCCAGACUGCGCAACCACACAAGCAGUUACACCCCGCCAGACACAGAGGAAAAGUUCGGAGCAGUGUGGAACGAGCAUUUCAGCUUGGGUCUCAUCCCCAGAGCCUUCAUGACUGUGCUGGAGCCAGAAAACGACAGAAUGCAGGAGGAAGUACUUGGCUCCUUACGCCAGAUGAUGACAUUCAAAAGUUGGAAUGUGGCUGGCUUGAAGGACGAAGUUCCUCUUGCGCAUCACCUGCUGGCAGUUUCCCUAGCGUACGAUAUGCUGUAUGACAGCCUGCAAGAGACGGAACGGACAGCGAUAGCCGACAGAAUCCUGCAGGAGACCACCCACCUAAUGAAGCUCGCGAGCAAGAAGGCAGGCUGGAGUAGACAGUACGUGCACAAUCACAUGCCGACGGUGCUGACGGCGUUUCUGACGGGUGCGCUGGUCAUACAGGACCAUGCACCCGAGGCGUCGCGCCGACAGCAGGAUAUUGUCAACGUACUGAUGCAGCGCAACGUGCAGCUCAUGCGGCACAUCACAGACGGCUCAUUCCACGAGGGCGUUCACUACAGCCUGUACACGUCGCGGUCUCUCAUGCUCUACAUCCACCUGAUGAAGCGACACCAGGCCACUAGCUACUACGACCACCCCUGGCUGCGCGAGUACCUGACGUUCCUCACGGCCACGACCCUGCCCGGGUAUGCAGGUCCGUCCGGAACUGCAGACGCUAGCAUUGACUAUCAGUAUGGUCCUAUUGCCCAGCUCUACUUCUUGGAUAAAUACGUACUGCGCACUGGAGAAGCUAACUGGCUGGCAAGGCGAAUCCAAGAACGAAUGGACACUGGCAAAGCAGCCAGCAAGCCAACUGCCCUGAUACAGAUGAUGCCGUUUGAGUUCCUUUUCUACGAUCCGUCGGUCGGCGAGCGCGAGCCACAGCAGCUGCUCAAGUCACCGAUGGUCACACUGCCCGACUGGGGCUUUGCGUCGUAUGGUGGUGGCACCAGCAUGGGACACACGUAUUUGUCGCUCAAGUGCGGGCCGAUCUUUGGACGAUCUCUCUACGACAUCUCCAGAAAUCUCACUCAUCCACAGUUCCCGUUCCUGAACAAGCGCGGCAUCUUCACGUCGUUCAACGCCGGUCACGAGCAUCCCGAUCGCGGCGCGUUCGUGUUCUACCCGAACGGAAAGCCGUUCAUUACGGAAUCCUUCUACGCAGUGAAGAACUCCUACCUGGACAAUGUGUGGUCGUUUGAGAUUGCGCCGGGCAGAAGCAACGGUGACCGGCAGCACCAGUACGUGAUGUGCGCCGGUGGUAAUCUAGUCGGUCAGCUGGGAGCGUGCAAAGGCAAGUGGCUUGACUACCGGUAUGGAGCGUCGCGGGAUAGCACAUCGAGCAUCAUCAUGGCCGAGGAACGCGACGGCUUGGUGGUAUUGAUGAGCGACAGUACAACUGCGUAUCCACCCAGCCUCGGUGUGCUGAGGAACACUCGUACACUGCUGCUUCUGGACAGUGGCAAUCUGCUUGUCAUCGACUCCAUUGUCUUGGGCGCUGAUAGCAUUGUGCAGGCUGGCAAUGCCUUCUUCCACAACCUCUUCGAGGCGUUCCAGGUACAUGCCAAUACAGGAUCAGUAUUCGCCUCACUCGGAUCAUGGGAUGCUGCUCGAAUGCAAUGGUUUGUUGGACAUGGUUACAAAUCCACUGCAACAACUGGCAGUACGUACUUCCCUCAGUUCAAGGGAAAGCGAGGCACGGUCGAAGGUCACUAUCUGAACGUGUCCAUCCCGCUGAUGGACGGGAGCAACACCGUCGCCUGGCUUAUCCAGGCAGAUAGGCGUGACGGCGACACGGUGGAGUUUGUUCGUCAGUCCAAGCAUGCUGUUGAGCUGGGAUUGAGAGUCGGCGACGUGGCAUAUACAGCAUCUGUUGUGACCAAUCACACCUACUUAUCUCAUCGUUACAACUGGCAUGGGUCUGGACUGCUUGUCCACGUCGUCAAGGAUGGCAUUCUGACAAGAUUUGGUGGCAGAGAGUUUGCGUCUACGUACACAUCAUCAUCAGGAAAUGACACGCCCGAUCUUGACUUGCCACUGCAUAUGAUAAGCAAACCGCGGGAAACGGAAAUACAAGUGUGCUACAUAAUGCUCUACUUUGCCAUGCUGGUCGGUCUGUUCAUGGUUCCUGUGAGCGGCUGCGCUUUCAGGCGCACUCUCUCCUUGCAGCAAUGUCCUGUGAAGGCCAUUGUGCUGAGCUGGGUUAUACUGCUCUGCUUGGUCUUCGCCACAAUAAAUCCAUCGUGUGACGGAAACAAUCAUGAUCUGGCAGCGGCUGCUGUGAACCGAGAAAAUCCCCGCGAUGGUGUGCAGUCAACAUUGUUCAGCCCAGCUUCCACAAGUAGUACAAGCACUGUGCAAGGCAGCACGGAAAGUGGCCGGCCGCAAGUGCUUCUGACGGGACUCUUCCCGGGUGCGGCUGCCCGCAACGCCGUGCAGCGCAUGUUCCGCAAGUCACCGGACGUCGUGCUGAAAUCUCUGUCGUUGAAGCCUGGCAGCGAGUCGUCGUGCAGCACUCUCGUGUCAUAUCCUCAAUCCUGGUACUGGCCUAAUGGAACAGCCUGCUCUGGACAACCCGCUGCCAAGUCGGCUUUCAUAGAGUUUUUCAAGUCUGCCCAUUCGUGUAUGUUUGGAGCCGAGGGACAAUCAACGUUGGCUGAUGACCCCACAGCAUUGGUUAUUGCUGUAGACUACAAAGGUGUGUGGAUGCCCAAGCUGGACUGGUUUCUUGGAGUGGAUGAGUCUAGGCUGGCCAUCAUAGUUGUUGACGACCCUGUACGUUGGGUUGCUAAUGUUCUUAAAACGAAACAUUUGGAGACGGAGCAUGGAGCGCCGCUGUACCUUGAUCAUCUGAAAGAGCUCGUUACUGCCCCGGCGCUGCAAUGCUCUGCUGAGGCAAUGCUAGGGGCAUGCUACAAGACGCACACUAUGUGGACUAACCUCCUAACGAUAGAGUUAAGCAGGCCAUCGGCUAGCAAGACAGCGCGGCACAAACUGCUCGCCACCUACUGGGCGGCCUAUAUGAGCACCGUUCUCUGCCUUGCCAAGCGGUGGGGUCCACGGCGAGUGCAGGUGCUGCCGCUGCACACAUUCGCGCUCACCGCCGGACGCGACGCAGCGCGUCUGUAUCGCCUCCUGCGCCUGCCGCACCGACCGAAUGUACAGAACGACCUUAACCUCAUGACGCGCAGUGGUCUUGCGCAGUUUCAGAAGACCAUGUCCUACCUGACAGGAAAGUCUGCUGGCAGCACAUUGCGUCUGUCAAUGCGUCAUGAUAUCGAAACAAUAUGCAGUAGUGUCCUGCAAGAGCUCCAACAGUAUACAGUAUAGUUUUCUCACUCGAAUUAAGUAGUACUCGAGCUGCAGGCCGGACCAAGUUUAUUUUUUAUUUUUUAGGUGGAUGAAAUAUAUAUGGCUUUCGUCGAAACUAGGAAUCUGGCCCCUUACAGUUAUAACAAAGUGCUUCAUAAAUCCAUCAUAGAAAGUAUCCCCCCCCCCCCCCCGGCCCCUCCCUUCAAUGAAAAGAAACACAAGCAACAACAAGACUGGUUGUCGCUUGAAGAACCCGAAGUUUGUGCUGAGUGUUGUAACAGCUAAUCUGGUUUGCUUUAGUAUGAUAGACUGGCUGUGUGCAUAGAGUGCUUGUAGUUGACUGCAGCUGGAGGCAAUGAUGCAUUAUAGCCACAUGCAGCCGACAGCCGAUACCGUGUUUUUGGAAAUUAGCACCGGUCUUUUGUUACCGCCUGUCUGAAAUCAGUGCCACAUCGUUUCAGGGCCCUUUGUGUGCAUUGUUUUCAAAUUGGGUGAAAUUCUUUGGGACUAGAAAACUAGUGCUGGUAAAUGAAAUCCAGUCGUAUCACA